GGCAACAACUCCCCGCAUCUGUGCUGGGCUCUUCGGCUCCCAGGCCAGCAGCCCCAGGCAGUGGCGACAGGCCCGGCCGCGGAGAGGCGAGGGGGCUGCUCCGUGGCUGCCGCAGCGGCCGGGAAGGAGGGAUCCAGCCAGGGCCGCCUGGGGGCCCUGCGCGCAGCUGGGCGAGGCCUUCGGUGCCGCUGGCAACCGCGGAACCCCCCCGCCCGCCCGCCUCCCUCCCACACACGCCAGGCGGGAGUGGAGGAACCCAGGGCAAGAUGCUGCGAUGAUGCGCUAGAGGGGAGGUGGGCAGCCCUGCCCUGCCCUGCCCGCAGCGGAGCCAGGCAUAAAUUCUUGGAAAGGGGAAAUGGCCCAGAGGAGCCCCAUCUACCCAACGCUUGGCCCAACUGAAAGGCGCGUCCGGAACAUCCCCCUCCACAGCCAGGCUCUGACAGCCGUCCCUCUGGGCUCAGCCAGGCUCGUGGACCAGCUGGAGGACCGGAUCCUCAGCCAUGAGAAGACGACGGCGGCCCUGGUGGAGCACGCCUUCCUCAUCAAGGAGGACAUCGUCACCACCUUGCACCGCAUGCAGAACAAAGGCGGAGGGGACCGGCUGGCCAGGCAGCUCUUGGAGGAGCAUAUCCGCAACAUCACCGCCAUCGUGAGGCAGCUCAACAGGGACAUCGAGACUCUGCAGGAACAGAUCCGGGUCAGGGAUAACCUCAGUUAUGGAACAAACUCAACCCUCAAGAGCUUGGAGAUGCGCCAGUUGUCUGGGCUGGGCGACCUCCGAGGCCGAGUGGCCAGGUGUGACGCAGGAUUAGCCAGGCUGUCUGCUGAGCACAAAGUUACCUAUGAAAGGCUGCAGAACCUCAGCAAAGACCAGCAAGCAACUAAGUUGAUCUUGGAAUCUAAAAUCAAAGAAGCAGAAAUACAGAUUUCUCACCUUUUAAGCAGAAUUGAGCAGUCAAUCAUGCAGCAAGAGGCCAAGCUGAAACUCACAUAUAAAGAGAAUAACCAACAACUCCACCUUCUAGACACAAAACUACAGGAUGCCACUGAUUACCUCAGUAACCAGAUCUCGACCGCACAAAGCUGGAUGGAACAGGAGCAUCAACGGUUUGAGAAGGAGUUUCAGGAGAAGAUUGAUCAACUAUCUCUGGCCAUCAAAGAAAAAAGUGAAAUCGAUAGCAGGGCCUUGGAGAUGCGGUUCAGCGAAAUCCAUGGGAAACUGGAUAAAAUAGAAGAUGCGCAAAAGAUUGCUGUGGAAGAACAUGGAGCGGAGCAGGCUGGAGACAGGCUCAGCGUUCAGCUAAGCAAGCUUCAGAUGGACAUUAAUGAUGAUAUUAAAGAAGUGAAAGCAGAGGUCAAUGCUGGAUUUGCCACCAUCUACGAGAACAUUGCUUCAUUGCGGCAGGUUCUAGAAGCGAAAAUGAAGUUGGAUAAGGAAGAGCUACAGAAGCAGAUCCAGCAGAUGAAGUGAGACGCCGGAAUCCCUGCUCCUGCUGUCAAGGGCGAGAUUGCUCCAGAUGGGAGGAGGAGGAGGAGGAAGAGGAGGAAGAGGAAGAUGCAUUGGAAGGUUGCCUCUGACUUCAUUCCAGGUUGUGACAUACAUUGAAUGCAUGGGCCUACCUCCUUUCCAUGGAGCCAUUUCAUUCCUGUAAAUAGUCAAUCAAGGCUUUGCUAGCAAAAUGAAUACUGCUUGCAGAGAGAACGAUCCCUGCCCUAUGAUUCCAUUCUAAGCACUGCUGACUUCAGAAGAGUUCCCUCAGAGUCCCCUAAGCCACCAGCUUGUAGGAAGGCUUAUGAAGACAGUGGGCUGAGCCGUCGAUUCCAACGUGCUGGAAGACGCAGGGUCCAGUCUAUGAAGCUGGAAAACGAAGGGAGAGAGCACACCAAUGGAUUCAGCCCCAUCCAUUCUAAUGGGACGGAGGUUGUCCUAGUCUGUUUACUUCAGCUGUAACUGGUUUCUGGAGCGGGAGAAAAGAGGACUCAUGUAAACCCCAUUAAGCCAAACUCUGGUCUGCUUGAGAGUAGAUAAAGUGAGAUGUGUUCAGGUGUGCCCACUAGACCAGGCCUUUGCAGGGUGCUCUGCUGCUGCCGCCGAGGGUCCUUUGCUUUGAUCUCUGGGUUUUCCCACCAGCAGAUUCCAAAUCCGUCCGUAAAGAAGCCCCCCAGCCUGCCUGUGGAGUCAUUGCCCUGCUCACCAGCAGAUCCUCCCAUCUGCUGGCAACUCAGCCCCGCAGCCUGGCCCCUGACAUGCGUUGUCGGCACCAGCAGCUCUGCCUUCUGCCCGCAGUCAGCGAUCCAGCCUGCCACGUCCUCAGAAACCAUUCCCCUCCUCCGUGUGCAUUCGCCUGUGCGCAUGUCUUCGCAAUCCAGGAGCCUGGAGGACCAGGUGGGAUCGCUGCGAGCCACUUUAUUAUUUGUUUCUCUCUGUAAGCCACUUUGACUUUUGUUGAAAAGCGGCAUAUAAGUGGUUGCAGGUUGCCCACCCUUGCCCAGAAGAAACCUGCAGGUGUGGACACAGCCCAAGUGAGGGAGGGUGGAGGCAGGGUUGCUCCUCACCUCUCUAAAGAUGAAGCUGAGCUGGAAACACAGCCUGGUUCAUCCUGAAGUAGAAGAAGAAGAGGCGGGGAGGGCUCCCUUCAGUUCUCUGUUACGGUCUGUGACCAGCAACAAACAGAUUUAUACCGUAAACAGAAAUGUGCAACAGGCAGAAAUAUACAAUAAGCCACCAUCAGGGUGAAUAAUAGACCAGAUAGUCAGAGGUGGUGAGGGGUGGGUGGGGUGUGGAGCUCUUGCCCCCGGGCUGCGUAUCCCAUCUGCAAAGGGACCGUCUCGCCUGGGCCACAGAGAACAGAGCCAGACGCUGCUGCCGUGCCAAGGGCAAGAGGGUGCCCUGUGGCUCGUGGCCUCCUGCAUUUAAAAAGAGGCGUGGCGAUUGGCUGAGAGCAGUACUGUGCACCAGGGCUGUUCUCACGAUCCUCAGUAGGACAGGAGACUGAAGGUUUUUAAUUUCUUGUAAAUGUUUUUAAUUUGCUGUAACCUGGUUUUCCAGGGUUCUUAAACUGUUUCGAAUGUUUUACUGUUAAUUGUUUGAUGGUGUUUUAUAGUCUCUGUUUUUUUAAUUGUUAAUUGAUUUUAACUGUUUUAUUUUAACGUAAACCGCCCUGAGCCAUUUUUUGGAAGGGUGGGAUAUAAAUCGAACGAACGAACGAAUGAAUGAAUAAAAAGCAAGGUAGGAGCAGGAGGAAGAGGUGGUCAUGUGCGAGGCUCCCGCUGAGGAAGAAGUGAUCGUGUGUGAUCACUUCAACUGCAGCUCCACCCAGCUGUUGAAUGAGGGAGGAGGAAACUCCCUCCGACCCAGCGUGGUCCUCACACACGAUCGCUUCUUCCUCCCCUUCCUACCUUGCUUUUUACUCCCGGGCCAGGGGUAGGAUGCAUCUCCUGCUCUACUGAGGAUCAAGAGAGCAGCCCUACUAUUUUAAAGAGGAAUCGUUUUGACUGGGAAGCUGAAAGAUGGGCUACGCAGAAAGGGAUUCACCCUUGAUUUGGAAACCAGCUACAAAUGCCAAAAAAGGACCAAGAAUGCCACUUAGCUGGUGGUUCUUUCCAGCUCACGUGUGAGCCUCGGCUUGGCUGCUGCUUCGCAGCUCAUUCUCCCAGUUUCCCUUCUCUGGGCUCUUCCAGCCCCCCAGCCCCCCUGGCUUUUGUGUCCCCUGUUUCUUCCCCUCCUUGCCUUGGUGCCCUUUGCCUGUUUUGCCUCUCGACUCCGCCAGCGCCUCUGGCUGCCACACACGGAGCUGCACAGAUCUUAGCAGCUCUUUGGCUGGCCGGCCAGUGCCAUGCCCUCCGUGACCAAAGGGCCUCUUGGCCAGUCUUGCCAGGGGCUUCCCUACCACCACCACCACAUGCCCAAGGGCAUCACAGGGUGCAGAUGCAAACACUUCCCUCUCUCCACAAUCUCACAGUCUCAGGUACUCACAAGCCCUCAUCCAAACUCAGGGUGCUUCCCAAGAGAGCUCCUUGCCCUAAAGUCUGGACUCUCUGGGACUAACCCAGCACCAGUUCCGUGUGCCAGGCAAGCGAAACAAUGUGUUAAAAGCCAUGUCAAUUGCUACCGAGGAAACUGGAGCCUGGCUUUCGUUUCAAAAUACCCAGGCCACGAUCCAGUCAAUUAUGCACGUUUCAGUCCCAUUGAUUUCCCUGGGGAAGUUCAGUGUGCCUCUCUCCCUCCCUCCCUCCCUCCCUCCCCUAUUGACCUCAGUGGGGCUUCAAAAUGUUUUCCUUGGGCUGGAUUGUACUCCAAUUUUCACUUGUAUAAGAGCCUUUUUACAGGAUUCUCUUCACGCUGCCUUUGACUGGAGCAGCAAAUGAUUAUGUACAGGUAUUUUAGCAAACAAGUAUCUUCAUGGAACUUCACCCUUCAUUUCACAAGUGUGUGUGUGUGCGCACACACACCCACACACCCAAACACUCAAAAUAGGAUUCCAUUGUGUAACAUUGGUGUCACUGGAUAUUUUUCAACGUGUCCUCCUGACUGCUAGCCUGAUAAUAAGAUGGAGCAAAUGAAGAAAAUGGAAGUAUUUUGGCAGGCCCUGGCAUAUUAGUUGUGCCAGGGCCAAAGUAGCCCUGGGAAGGGGGGCAUCUAUGGAGGCCUGUUCCCCUUGCGGGUAGCUUCUCCCCUUCCUUUGUUUUCAGUUUGUAUCCACAAUAUCUGCUUUAUAAAAAUAUGUUGCCCAAUAUGUUGGGGAUGCCUUUUCAUUCCAUUUAAGAAUAUUGUAAUCAAUGAAUGCUAACCAAUGAUUAAUUCAGGGCCACAGCUCGAAUUGAAGUGUCACCAUUAAAAAUCUGCACCCAAUGACUUGAGGCACAUUAGGCUGCUGGUACUUGGUUUCUACAGUUUUGUCAAACUUAACGGUGCCCUCUCCCCUUCCGGUAAUGGGCCUGAGCGCAGCCUUGUGUGCCUUCCACAGGGGAAGUCGUUGCACCAUGAAUGGGGAGAGACUGCUGUGAUGCCAGAUAGAUUUGCUCACUGCCAGGGUGAACUUUGACCCUUUGGCUGCCAGUUGGGUGCAGCCAGGUGGGACAGCCAUCCUGGAGAAUGGUGCAUUCUAUCAAGCGUCAUCUCUUUUUUAUAAGCAUGGAAGUGCUCUGAUCUGCGUAGUGAUUUAUUGCUCAGAUGUGCUUUGAUUACUUCCGUUUUUAUCCAGAUCAGUAUCUCCAACUGCGUCUUGCACUGAACAGUGAUGUUAGAAGAUCAGAUCAAGCCUUUGCAUUGCCCUGGCAUUUCUCUCAGUGACUGUAAAUCCGUACAAACACUGUGUAAUACAGGAGGCGGCAAGUGCUGUAUUUCUCUGAAUCCAAGGCUAGGUUUUUCCAAGUUCUUUGACGUUAGAAACUGAGGGGUUGUCUUAAAUUCGGAGUGCUGUUCCUUUUGGCUAAAUAUAGUUAUAACCUGUAUUAACCCCUGUUGGUUUUUUUGUUUUUUUAAUGAGGUCCUCUUACAUUCAGGGUUGUCUUCUGUUUGGGUAAAGACAGUAAUGUGCAGAUAUACAUUGUCAUUCGGCUUGAAUCUUUCCCUUUUUUUGACGCAGUCCCAGAUAAUGGAUGGUUGUGGUAGAUGCAAGAGGCCCAGCUCUCUCCUGAGGGGUGCAAAGUCAGUCAUGGUCAAGGGGCAGCCCUGCACCACCCUGGUUUCUGUGCCGGCUUUGCAGCCCCACGCCUUACUCAGAGCCCGCAGCUUUGCUGUGCCCACUGUGAUCUCCUGCAACCUGGCCUCUCACCAGGCAGCAGAUGGACACGGGGGCCCUUGCAGCACCCCACUACCUGGCCCCACAGACCCUGCUUGCAUGGUGUAUGUUCAUGUGUGUUGUAACUGUGGCGCCUUUGGGAAGUCUGUCUGCAGUUCCUCACCUCCUCAAGGCUGCACGGGGCAGCCACGGGACUGCUUUGGGUGGGCAGUGGGGCCGGCUGGCUCUGCUUGGUCCUGGCACUGGAGCGGGGCAGGGUGUGUGUAUGUGAAUGCAGGUCACUCCUGUCUUGAGAGAAGACUCGGGAGAGCAGCAAGCAUUCCCUGCUGCAGGCUGCUGUGGAUGGAGCUCCACUCUGCACAUCUUUGGUCCCUUUGAAGGAAAUGGCAAGUGUCCACUAGCAAUAGCCAUGCUAUGGGCUCCUAGGAUCCAGACUUGGCCUACAGAAAUAAACGUUGUCUAGGAUUCCCACGACUCUUUUCUUGAACAAGCCCCACUGGCUUGUGUGCAUGAGCUCUUCAUGUGGUGUGUUCUUCAUACUGAGACUUUUUGGUCUCACUUCUUUUGGCUACAAUGAGGACAAGUCGGAAAGGCAAGUACCCUGCUCAAGUGCGUUAGGACUGCCUUGUUCUAUGACUGGUGCAACCAAAUCCCAGAGAAGACUCGGAAAGCACACAGAUGGCUGACUCACAGCCCAGUUCUGAGGAACGACUGCGCAAUGUCACCUCCGCCUGUCCUUCAAGACAAGAGGUCUUGCACAAGUCCCUGUACUGAGGGACUGAAGUCUCCUCCUUAUCACCUUGCUGCUCAUGUUGCAGGCCUCUGAGUGACCAAAGAUGGCACAACCACCACACACAGUCCCUCUCUCUGCCUCCCUGCUCCUCUCCCAGCCCCUGGGGAGAUCUGGCAUGCCAGGGAGGAGCCCUCUAAGCAUCAUUGCAAGCCCUUGGAAGGGACCACCUACCCUUUCUAGACCAGCCAGAGCAGGACUUGCUCUCAGUGCCUGGGUGUGACCCCACUGAAGCCUCCUGGGAAGCCAUCAGAUCUGACCCCUGCAGGCCUUCUUGAAUUUUCAUCAAGGUGUGCUAAAGGAUAUGCUGUGUGCCUGGGGGAAAAGAGAAUGUUUUCAGCUGGUGAAGGCAAUGUGUUUACACUUUGAUGUGGAAUUUGGCUGCUUGGAUAUUGUGUCUGCAAUGCCUCGGCUGUGCCUCGGAUGCAUGCUGUGGAUGGUGCCAGUUUCAUUCUAGGACCUGGAAAAGUUCAGUUUGUGCAGAGAAGGCAGCAGGAAUACAGAAGUUGUGGUUGGAAGGAACCCUGCUGCCUCUCCUGGGGAAGCCACUUUGCAAAGGCUGAAGAAACAUGUCUAGUGAUGGCUCUGUUUACCCACCAACUGUGCCAUCUUGAUUUCCAGUGUUUUGUUAAUAGCCUCUCAAAGUCCUACUUUAUAAAUUCAGUGCAUUAGCUGUAAAAUAGAAAGAAAAUGGCAGCUAAGUGAGUCCUGUUUACACACAGAAAAAGCAUUUACAAGUAUUGCUUAAAUGUGAUUUUCAAGGGAUUUUUUCCUUUAUGUAUGCAUUCUUAGUUAUUUAGCAAAUAUGCAGCCAUAUUCAACAGGAAGAAGCCCAACAGCAAUUUAUAAAUAAUAAAAUACUAUUUUGGGUAUUGCAAAAUGUAUAGCAGUGAGAGGACAAACAAUAGAUCAAAAGUAUUUAUACCUAUAUGAAUAAUGUUUUCUUGUAAAAUGUUGUGCAAUUCAGUAUGUACAACACAUGUACUUGGCUUUUGCCUUUUUGAACUGUAAAAAGCCCCUUUAAAUCUGAAUAAAGUUGACAUUUUCAUGAUA